UCAUUAACACUAAUUUUAGUUAAACUAAAACAAAACAAAGCUUUAGCCAGUGGGUUAUACUUAUAGAUACAGUCGAUAGAUAGAAAAUAUAGAUGUUCUCGGUAAUAUUUACCAUUAAUUUGUUAAUCAUUUGCACAUUAUUUCUCUUCAAAAUGGGAUUAAAAAUUGUACUGUUAAAUGUGGUGUACCUAACUUUUAUUUUAAGUGUAUCACAGUGUUUAGUAAAUAAUUUAAAGGCUGACGAUUGUGGAUCUACGCAUGGAACUAUCAUUAACGUCGACGUAUCUGGGUGUGACGGAGAGGACAUAUGUCCAUUAAAAAUAGGCACAAACGUCACUAUGACGGCAACGUUCACAUCAGAUGUAAAGUCAAGAACUUUAACAGCUGCCGUUUAUGGUAAAGUUGGAAUAUUUAAACGAAAAUUUAAAUUGCCUGACUCAAAUGCCUGUGAUACUGGGGUGGCAUGUCCUAUAAGUCCUAAGGAAACCUACAACUAUACUCUUACCAUUUUCAUCGCGGAAAAUUAUCCCAAGAUUGCAGUAGAUGUCGAAUUACAUUUGAUAGAUGACACCAAUGUAGAUGUUAUUUGCGUUCUAAUACCAUCCCAUAUAGUUGGAGAUCUUCCCACUGUUGUACAAAUUAUUUAGAUUCUAUUAGGAAUAAAUAUUUUGCACAUAAUAGUAUAAUAUAUUUAAUAUGUUUUUAGGUAUACAUUAAUUUAACGAUAACAUAACGAUAACAUAACGAGAGUAUUGACAUAUAUUACAAAUUGACUGAGACCCCCAAUGCGACAAAGGAAAAUAAUGCAAAGUCCCUCUAUUUUUUUUAAUAAACCAGGUUUAUAAACCACGUAUUUCUUUAUUCACCUAGGUUUAUUUAAGUACUCAUGGGAACCGACAUCAGCACCUCAAGAAAACUGAAGAAUGGACUGCCUCAGGAAUCUGUUUUAGCUGAUCUUAUCUGUAGCCCUGUACAUUGCUAAUAUACCAGAAACCAGAUCAAGGAAGUUUGGUUACACCGAUGACUGGGUCCUUGCAACAAGGUGUAAGUCAUUUGAACAAACAGA